AAACUUCUAGUAGAUAACGUCACAAAAAACCUACGAGCACUGUGCAGUUUAGGGCUGCCCACAGACAAGUGGGACGUGUUGAUUAUUCAUAUGAUGACUUCCAAACUAGACAACCAUACUCGCGUGAAGUGGGAAGAGUGGCGUGGUACUUUGGAAGAAUAUCCUUCUUUACAACAAUUUUACAAAUUUUUGAUCGAUCGUGCUGAUGUCCUUGAAUCUAUACAUAGGAACUCCAGUGUCUACAAGUUAACUCCGUCCACAUGUAAAGCUACAGCCUCUAGUUCUAAGGCACAAACUAAAUGUUUUGCAGCCACCAGCGACAAAAAUACAAACCUUGCUACUCCCUCUCCAGUCAAAACGUGCAUUGUCUGUCAUGAAGGGCAUCGCAUAUAUGACUGUCCUACCUUCAUAGCCAAGAGUGUGGAGGAGCGCAUAGCUGAAGCACGUAGGUUGAAGCUAUGCCUAAAUUGUUUGCGCUUCGGUCAUGGGUUGCAGAACUGCGUAAGAGGGCCAUGUCGCGUAUGUAAGGGAAGACACAAUAGUCUCCUUCAUAAACCAGAUAAAGAAUCCAUUUCCAGUGCUGUAGAGACGAUUCCUGACAGCAUUGACGAUACUACCGUCAACUUUUCGAAACAGACAUCAAACCAAGUGCUACUUUCUACCGCUUUCAUUGAGGUGGCCAAUCCUCAGACAAAUCAAACUGAUAGGGUGCGCGCCUUAUUAGAUUGUGGUAGCCAAUCCUCUUUUAUAACGCAAUCUCUCAAAGACAAGUUGUGUUUACCUACAAAUUCUAAUUGCCUCGUCAACGUCAUAGGCAUUGGCAAUAAUCACACUGGACAGGUCAAACAAACUUGUGUGGCUCAAUUGAAGUCACUAGCAAGUGAUUUCAAUGUCACAUCGGCUUUUCUAGUUCUACCCAAAAUAACUGGUAACCUGCCGAGGCUACCUAUCGAUGCUUCCAAGUUAAAGAUAGCAAAUGAUAUUAAGCUUGCAGACCCCAUGUUUCACCAACCAGCGCCGACCGAUGUCCUCAUAGGUGCCGAUUUAUUCUGGGACAUACUUGGCCGCGAACAACGUUCUCUUGGUCCCAACAAUCCAAGGCUAAUGAGUUCCCAAUUUGGUUGGAUCAUUUCAGGUCCAAUGCAUGCCAAUAGUCAAACUGCAUGUUCAACUAUUCAAUGCAACCACUCCAUCAUUUCAAACUCAUUAAAUGAUCACGAUGUCCAAAUUCAUCAGCAACUCACCAAGUUUUGGGAACUCGAGGAAGUUCCCCUAAAGUCCAAGCUUAGUGAGAGCGAGAAGGUGUGUGAAUCCCAUUUCUUGUCUCAUACCUUUCGCUUAAAUUCAGGUAGAUUUUCGGUAGGACUUCCUCUCAAGGAUUCAGUUGAUUGCCGUGGGCAAUCCUAUAAUUUAGCCAAGAAACGAUUACUAAAUCUAGAGAAACGAUUCCGAAAACAGCCAGAAGUAAAAUCACAAUAUAUCGAAUUUAUGCGUGAGUACUCCGAUCUAGAUCAUCUGUCGGAGGCUCCUAUUGCUAAACCGCUAAAUUCCUAUUUUUUAUGCCAUCACGCCGUUUUCAAAGACCGCAGUGAAUCUACGAAGACCCGAGUGGUAUUCGACGGCUCCGCUCCAACCUCAUCUGGGUAUUCUAUCAACGAUAUUCUCUUUGUAGGUCCCACCAUACAGGAUUCACUUUUCUCCAUCCUCAUAAGAGCUCGGCAAUACAAAUACCUCCUGACUGGUGAUGUCGAAAAAAUGUACCGCCAGAUCCUAAUCAAUGAGGAGGACCGAGAUCUUCAACUUAUACUGUGGAGAGAAGAUGAGUCCUUUCCUAUAAAAACACGCGUCCUGUGCGAUGAACCUGUAUCCAUAGAACUCCAUUCUUUCAGUGAUGCGUCACAAAAUGCAUAUGGUGCUUGUGUCUAUUUGCGUUCCGAAGAUUCUGAAGGCAACGUAACCAUAAAUCUUCUCUGUUCCAAAUCUAAAGUUGCCCCAAUAAAGGCCACCACUAUUCCCCGGCUAGAGCUGUGCGCCGCUCUUCUGGCAGCCAAGCUAGAGGUGUUAGUCCAGAUCAACUAG